AUGGAGUGUUUGCACGGAAAAGCUGCUUCCAAUUCAACUACAGACAAGGGUUCCUUUUGGUUUUGUGGACAGAAGCCCAGCUGUGGAUUUCUAUGUACAGAAGAGGACGGUUAUCUGUUCCAGACAGCUCUGACAGCUUGGAGAGCCACAGGCUUGACGCAACCGAUAUGUGAGAGUCACCGGAAGCCCGCGAAGUUUCGUGUAGUUAAAGACAUGCUGAAAAAGUCUUAUGGACGACCGUAUUUUACGUGUGCAAGUCGGGAGAAUCCUUGCUCCUUAUGGAUGUGGGUAGACGAGAAAGAAAUCGAGAAACCGAAUUGCUAUCACAACGAACCGUGUGCCGUGAAGCGAGUCAAGAAACAAGGUCCCAAUACGGGUAAAAAGUUCUUCUGUUGCUGCAACGAAAACCGGUGUGAUUAUUUUGAAUGGGUUCCUGAGGAAUUGUCAAAACAACCUGACACCAUGGCACCUUUCGUACCAUUGUUUUACAGUCGUUAUUAUCCAAAUGCUCAGCAGAACUGAAACAUUUAUGAGGGCCCCCUAUACUUUUUGCGUGAAGCGUGAAGGGCUUAUUUUACUUAGCCGUGAAACGUGAUCGGGCCCCCUAUACGUUUUGCGUGAAGCGUGAAGGGCUUAUUUUACUUAGCCGUGAAACGUGAUCGAUGAUUUUCUUAAUCCGUGACUCGUGGAAAGGCAAAAUAUUUUUACGUGAAAGCAUAUUGUGAAGAGGUAUAGGGGGCCCUCAUUUAUAUAAACAUUUAACGUAUAAUUAUAGAGCUUUGUAUUAUCAUAUUUAUGAAUAUAUAUUUGAAACGUUUUACACUGUGUGUUCAUUUACUCAUGCAAUAACCUUUCGGGAAAAUGAUGUUAACAUAACAACAAUAUCCCAUUAUGUCAAAUACCUGUUUGAGCACUGUGUAAUGAGAUGCACAUUGUUUUUCAGACACAUUCGGUGGUUCUCACGCUUAUGCAUAG